CUUGUUUUCUCUUAUGGUACUUCUGGGAACAGCCUGGCAGGAAUUUCACUUCCUUGUUUGCAAACCAAAGAUCUGUGUUAUCAUUGUUUGAGUGGUUCAGAUCAAGGAGCUGGAAGGAUGUCUGUGACAAUGAGCAAAGCAGAUGGGGUCACUGUCUUCACUGUGGCCUCUGACCCUGACAGCCAAUGGCCGCCCUUGUGUCAGAUCCUUAAGAGUCUUUGCUACAGCCGAGUGUGCUGCUCCGUGUCCCUGCAACUCAAGAAGAUCCAGAGAACGUCUCUGUCAGUCCUCGGGGCACUGCAGAUUAUGAUCGGGCUGCUGAACAUCGGCCUUGGCAUCAUCAUCCAUCAGAGCUAUUUUGAAGGUGGCUGGUUUGUAGUCUACAUCGGGCUUCCCUAUUGGCUGGGAGUGCUGGUCAUUUUAUUUGGCAUCAUGUGCAUUUUGUCUGAGAGGUAUCCAAGUCCAUGUCUGGUCAUCUUGAACGUGACUCUGAAUCUGACUGGAAUAGCUUUUGCCAUCACAGGCAUUGUUCUCUACAGCUGCUCUGUACCUUUGAGUAGAUAUUGGUCCAACUGCAACAGGACGGAUUACUACUCUGGUUACUGGCAACGCACAACACAAAGUCCAUCUGCUGAAGAAAUUAAUCUGAAAAACAAAUGCUUGGAGGGAGAAGAUCUGAUUGUGAUGCUCAUGAGGGGCAUGUACGGAGUGCUGAUCAUCCUGUGUGUCCUGGAGCUCUGCAUCGUCAUCAGCGUAGUUGUGAUGGGGAUCAAAGCUCUGAAGACCAGAAAUAAGAAGACAAACAAGAGCUCCGACGAUGGCGACGACGAAGAAUUGUUCAAUCCUCUCCUGGAGGACAACACCAAGUCUGCAGCCUGAACUUCUGCUGUUUACCAAAACCCUGUAAUCCUGCACAUAUAUUACUGUCAUUCAUUUUCCAUCGGCUCCUGCUUAAUCUGCAUCAAAUCGAAUGUGCUGCUGUGUAUUCAGAUUGUGGUGGAAUUUUGUAAUCCUAAACUGUCAUCUGUACAGUAAAGUAUAUUUUUUUCUUUUUUUUUUUCUUUUUUGCAGUCAACAAUAUUAUUGAGCUCAACAGGAGUAAUUGGUAUAAUUAUUGAAUCAUUUUAAUCACUUUAACACAAAUUGGUAAUUUCUGCUAUUCGCUUCCGUUGUUUAUGCUAAGCUAAAGCAGACGGACUGCUGCCAGAAUUACUGCGCUGGUUACAAAAUGCUUUUUCUCAUUUAUCUAACUGGGGAAUAUAAGAAUAGGCAAAAUUUCACUUAGGGGUGGAAUAUCCCUUUAAUGGUACAUUCAAGUGAAAAGAUUAUUUUGGUCACCAGUGUUUUAUUCUGAAAAUAACAAUAAAAAUGAACUGUU